AUGGGAUUGGGAAGGCACGGACAAUCCUCUAGUUCGAGCAAUGACCCUGGGCCCAGUGAAGAACCCGGUCCGACUACUUCCUCGACCACUACAACUAGCAAUGAACCACGGCGAUUUCCCCCGGCUGCUCAGCCAGAAAUAAUGAGAGCCGCAGAGAAAGAUGACCAGUACGCUUCCUUUAUCUACGACGCUUGCCGCGACGCCAUUCGUCACCUCUUUGGAACAAGAGUAGCUGUAGCUUACCAGAAUGAGACAAAGCUUUUAGGACAAAUGCUAUAUUACCUGUUGACAACAGGUUCAGGACAGCAAACCCUUGGUGAAGAGUAUUGUGACAUUACUCAGGUUGCAGGGCUGCAUGGACUUGCUCCAACGCCCGCAAGGCGUGCUCUUUUCAUUGUGUAUCAGACGGCUGUUCCUUAUAUUGCAGAAAGAAUUAGUUCGAGAGUUGCGUCCCAUGCCAUUGCGCUUGAUGAUUCGCUGUCUGAUGAGCCCUACAGAGACAUCACUUCAGGGACCAGCCAUGCUCAAUCCCCUGUCAUGAUUGAAUUACCAUCUUCAUCUUCAUCUGGGGCAUCGGUUUCUUUAAUAUCAAGGUUGAGGCAGAAAUUUAAUGGAAUACGGAUGCAUGCAAUUAGAAGAUGGCCUGCGGUACUUCCUGUAGCUCGUGAAUUUUUGCAAUUGGUUCUUCGCACAAACCUUAUGUUUUUCUACUUUGAAGGCCUAUAUUAUCAUGUAUCAAAACGUGCAUCUGGUAUUCGUUAUGUUUUUAUUGGGAAGCCAUCCAAUCAAAGGCCUAGAUACCAAAUACUGGGUGUAUUCCUUCUCAUUCAGCUGUGUAUCAUUGCUGCUGAAGGUCUCCGACGCAGCAAUUUAUCUUCUAUUGCAAAUUCAGUUCAUCAUACAUCCCUGCAGUCCCACCAAACUGCAGGUCGUGGUUUGCCUGUCUUAAAUGAAGAAGGCAAUUUGAUACAUGUCGACGCUGGCAAGGGGAGUUGGGCAUCAGAUUCCGCAUCAACUUCAGAGUCUAAUGCAAUAAGCAGCAGCAAAUGCACACUCUGCUUGAGUAAUCGGCAAUACCCAACUGCUACAUCUUGUGGCCAUGUGUUCUGCUGGAAUUGCAUUAUUGAAUGGUGCAACGAGAAGCCUGAGUGCCCACUCUGCCGUACCCCCAUAACUCAUUCAAGCUUAGUUUGUUUGUAUCAUUCCGAUUUCUAG